GGUUGAGUGGCAAGUUGUUUGUUCCAGCGAGCACCAGCUGCUCGGCACUCCGGGCUCCGCUGCCUCCCUGCCCGGCUCAGCUCCGCGCCCCGCCGGCCUCCCCCCGCCGGUCCAACUUUUGCACCCUCUGCUCCCUCAUCCCCCCGCUGCCUGCCCCUCCCCGCCCCCGGAGCCGGGAAGGGGGAGAAGGAGCCAGGGAGGAGGAAAAAAAAAAAAAAAAAAAAGGCACCGACAAUAACAGCCCCCCUCCCCCUCCCCAUUCAAAAACACAAAAUAAACCCCAGGGAUAGAUGAACUACAAAUGAGAAAGAGGAAAAGAUGGAACUGCACAUCCUAGAGCACAGGCUCAGAGUGGCCAGCAUAGCCAAGGAGAGCAUCCAGUUGUUUACCUAUGGAUUAAUCAAACUUGCUUUCCUGUCCUCCAAGACGAGAUGCAAGUUCUUCAGCCUCACAGAAACCCCGGAGGACUACACCAUCAUUGUGGAUGAAGAGGGCUUCCUAGAGCUCCCUUCCUCGGAGCACUUGAGCGUGGCUGAUGCGACAUGGCUUGCCCUCAACGUGGUGUCUGGCGGAGGUGGCUUCUCUGGCUCCCAGCCCAUCGGAGUGACCAAAAUUGCCAAGUCAGUAAUAGCACCUCUAGCUGACCAAAACAUCUCAGUGUUCAUGCUCUCCACCUAUCAGACGGACUUCAUCCUGGUACGUGAGCGAGACCUGCCCUUCGUGAUGCACACACUGGCUGCCGAGUUCACCAUCCUCAGAGUGGUGAAUGGGGAGACAGUGGCUGCCGACGACCUUGGGAUAACAAAUGGAUUUGUCAAACCAAAACUGGUUCAGAGGCCUGUCAUUCAUCCCCUUUCCAGUCCGAGUAACAUGUUCUGCGUCACCAGCCUGGAUCCAGAUACCCUUCCCACUGUUGCUACACUCCUAAUGGAUGUGAUGUUUUACUCCAAUGGAGUAAAAGACUCGGUGGUGGGCAAUGAAGACUCGGGACAUAUUCGCUUUUUCUCCUUUUCUCUCAUUGAGGGUUACAUCUCCUUGGUCAUGGAUGUCCAGACACAGCAGAGAUUUCCUAAUAAUUUGUUGUUUACAAGUGCAUCUGGCGAACUCUGGAAGAUGGUGCGGAUUGGUGGGCAGCCUCUUGGCUUCGAUGAAUGUGGAAUUGUCGCUCAGAUUUCUGAGCCUUUGGCCGCAGCUGACAUCCCAGCCUACUACAUCAGUACUUUUAAGUUUGAUCACGCAUUGGUACCUGAAGAAAAUAUAAAUGGUGUGGUCAAUGCACUCCAAGUCAGUCAAGCUGAAAAGCAUUAGAAAUCUUCUGAGCUGGUUCCAGAUGCUUUUUAUUAUUAUAAUUAUUAUUAUUAUUAUAAUUAUUAUUAUUAUUAUUAUUAUUCUUUUUUUCUCACAGUAUUUCUUGAAAAAUCUGAUUCCAGAGAGUGACAUGAAAAGAGACUGUGGAAAGUUGAGCAGAAACAGCUCCAAUAAGCCUUUGUUUUAAUUAUUAUUAUUAUUAUUAUUAUUGUUAUUAUUAUUAUUGUUAUUUUAUUAAAUUUAUGAAUGGGGGGCAGGAGGAAAGGGAGUUCAGACGGUUUCCUGACGUUCAGCUCCAAGGCGAAGUGUAACCUGCCCACGUUCUCGGUGCGGAAGGAGCUGCCCGGGGACACCCGUCUCUCCCCGAAGCGCGGCGGCGCGGAUGGCCGCAUGCGCGGGCGCUCUGCCGAGAGCUUUGCGGCAUGGCUGGGACGGAUGGGCCGCUUGCUCAGAGAGAGCGCUGAAAACCGCAAACAAAAUGAAAUGUGGAAUUAAACAGAAAAGACGUCGCAUAGUGCUGGCUUGUCUCCUCGCAUCAGACUUUUUGAGGACUGUCCGUCAUUGCGUAUGUUGAGAUAGGAUGGGAACUGGGUUCUGUUUCCCCUGGCAAAACUGUUUGGUGUUGGAAAAGGGGGAAGUAUACAGCUGUUUGAAUUUUCCCCUUUUUCGCUUUCUCCCUGCGGUCAAAGCCUGGGCAGGGGGAGCGUUGCUCCGGCCUACCUCCUGGCAGGUGGUGCCACCAAGACUUCUGUCUGCAUUGAGACCUGGCUGGUUUAGCUCAGUUUGCCCCAGUCCCCCUCCCACCGCCCCCAGUGUCCUCCCGCCACGUCCCCUGCUCCAGCUGCUGUCCCCUGGCCCCACAUCAGAACCAUCCCCAAGCCCUUGUCCCCCAGGGCCAGCAAGAGGAGGGACCCGUCUCUUCUCCUGUCCCCACGGGCUUUUUCCCGUCCACGUGGUACUCAUUCACGGGGACACGAAGCAUUGCCUGGGGGCCCUGGGUAGCUGCUCCUGCACAUCCCAGGCCACCUCGGCCAAGAGCCACAGUGGGUUGUCCCUGCCAUGGCCAGGAGGGUGCCCAAGCCCUGCUGGGACCCUCCUGCUGCUUUUCGUGGGCUCCUUCAUCACCGGGGUGGAAGUCACUGCCAGCUGGUGACUUGACUCCUGAGGUUUUUCCCUUGGGUUCAGCGGGUAGCCCUUCAAAAGCAGAACGAUGCUGAAAACACAUAAAACCUGAGGCAUCUCCUCCUGGUCCUGUCGCGGGAAGGUGAUGUGGGCUUUGCCCGUGCGGCACCAGGAAGGUGUUUGCUCCUGGCGUGAGCCAGAGCUGCGGGCCAGCGGGAGCCAGGCGUCCGGGCCCGUGGUGGCACCCGCCUCCAAAGCGUGCCUGCGGCCGCUCCCAGCGCCAUGGAAGGCAGCGGUGACCGGUGCCGGGAGAGCAAACGGCACCCAAGAUGUAGGUACCAGCCGUCUGCGCCGUGCUGUGACCGUGCAGCGACCGUGCAGCAAGGGCUGGUGGGGAGCAGAAGCCGUCUGCAGAGGACUCUGCUUUUACGGUUAGGAACCCAAGGAUUUCUUGCAUUUCUAGACUUCUUCCAGUUUCAUUUUUGAUAUGAAGAAAUUGCAGGUCUUACAGCUUUAAUGAGGGCCUUCCAGCCUUGCUGAAGAGACGGCUUCUGGCACGGUUUUGCUGAGGCUGUGUCUUGGAGGUUUGAGCCAGGGUUUUGUGUUCAUCUGGAGGCAGUAAGCAAGGACCUGAGAUCAUGCCACGGGCAUGGCUUAUACUGGUGUGUAGGACGUGCAAACACACACGCCGGCUUCCAGCUCGCUGUUUAGUUCUUCGUUUACGGUGCCGGAGGGCUGAGCUUAACAUUUGUGGUUUCUGGUGCUGCUGGACCCAGACACUGAGCUUCAAAUCCGUCUGGUUUGUAAUCGGCGGGGUGUUGUGUGGCAGCUGGACAGGGAGUCGGAGCAUCCGCAGGAAAACGUGGGUAACUUUCCCUUGUAGGCCCCGAGUUAAAGCAUCCCUACUGAGAAACACUUAGGCACGUGUUUAAUACUUUACCGCGGUUUUGCUGUUCCUUUAUGUGGGUUUUCAGAACUGCCCCAUGAUACGUCAUGUUCACUCCAGAUUUCUGGAGUAAAGGUUUAUUCCGGGUGCAGCACCACGCGUCUCUGGAUACUUGCUCGGAAAGAUGCUUUGGUCUCCUGCCACGUGCCGUAAGGAUGCGAGCACAGGCUCUCUGGUGCAAUAGUUAAGAAAAAAGCACUCGGAGAUGUUUUAUGUGGACCUGCACAGCAUCGCUGGCAGCGAGCUGAGCCGAAGGAUGCGGCAGGGCGGUCGGUGGCUUUUCAUCACGUAAAUUGUUGAAGGGUUUUCCCUCGGGACGGCAGAUUGGAGUGUUUGUAGGACUGCGCAGGAUUUUUUUGGAGAGGGAUACCAGCACAUUUAGUUGGUGCACAGCUACUGAGUUGCCAGCCAGGCUUUCUGGUCGUCUUUGUGUUGAGUUGAGCCUGAGCUCUCCCUGCGUGCGUGGGCAAUGUCACCAGGACAGGGUCGUCUUUGUGCUCCUGGGUUUUGUCAACCAUUGGAAAAUGAUUAUUUAGCCACUUUCCAUAUCAGAGAGCAACGUGCGUUGCCCUCGGCGUGUGCUAGUGCUGCUCUCUAAGGACCGCGACAUGUACGGUAAGGAAUUACUUGAAACAAGCAACAACUUUACUGAGCCUUAAGAGAAAGCGAAAAAAAAAAAGUUUUAAUUUUUUUUUUUUCCCCCAGACUUUGCACUCAGGCUUAUUUUUUACUUUAAAUUUUCCACUUUUUUUUCCUGUAGGAAUCGGCCUUAAAUUUGUGAACUCUGCAGAAGUCUUUAGGUUGUUUCAGAAUUUCACGAAGCAGGUUGAUGUCCUGACACGAGAAAGUUAGCCUGAAGAAUGCCCAAGGUGUCAGGUGCCGUUGAGGGACUCUGUUUCUGCCAUCGUCCUCGGCUUUGCCUUUUUAUUUCCUCUCUUGUUUAGUCCUGAGAACCAAGAGGAUUGUUUCGGACACCUUGGGGUGAUUUGAUGCUUUCCCUUUAGCGUUCCCCACAUCCCUUUGCUGGUGGGAACUGAGAUUCUCCAAAUUUAGCCAGACUUGGUUGAACCUCGAACCGGAGCCCUGGGGAAGGGCGGGCCGGCGUGCGGUCAGGAUCGGUGCAAACUUGCGCCGUGGCGUUGCCUGUGAGACCUUCACUGGAUGAGGCAGGAAGGGGUCUGGAGGGGCUUGGUUAAAAAAUAUAUUAAUAUAAUAACAGUAAUGUAACGCCACAGUGCUUAAUGAGCCCAAAGCUCUUAAAGCUGCCCCACAGCUCCUGCUCUCCCGGCACCCAGCCUUUGGGGUGGGGAAAAAUGGAAGGGUCGGUUGGUUUUUUUUUUUUUUAAUGCCUUAUGAUGAUAAUGUCUCUGAGCAUCCCUGGCAUUGUGCUGGCUAACGCUGUGUGGAUAGAAGGAGGAACAUGGCUUAGCGGGAUGCUCUUCAGCUGGGCGUCCGCGUCGCUGCAAGCCCGGCUCACCUGCCAGCCACCGCUCGGCUGGCUGGGGCGCUUCGCCUGCCCGCGGGUGCUGCUGAUCGGGGAUCACCUUAACGCUGCGGGACCCUCCCCGUGCCCCCUCAGUUCCUCUCGUUGCACAAAAAUUCACCAAACAGUGAAUGCAAAAAGCGUUUCCAGCCCUGCAAGGAGGGGUGGGGGGGAAGGAGAACAUAACGACCCUCCCGCACCCUCCUUGUUUCUCCGAGGCCUUUGCUUCCCGAGAGCUGUCAGCCUUUCUCCUGUUCGGCGUGCUCCUCUGUAGUUUUUUGUCUUUUUUCCCCCACCCAGAUUAGAUUUUGGCUGCAAAUUCCUUUCUCCUGUGCAAGUGUGUGCGUAUGGUCAUAUAAUUGUGUAGUGUUUACAUAGGAGUACUUAGUAUGUCUCUGUUGUACACAUAUAUAAAUACCCGUGUUCUGUGUUCGUAUGGCUAUAUACUGUACAUAGCAUAUAUACACGAGCAAUAUAGGUUAAUAUAUACCGUGUGAGUAUAUGUGUGUAUACUCUAGUCACACGCUCUGUGUGCGCGUGUACAUAUAGAUGUGUAAUAAGUGCUGUAUACACACAUUUAUUCACCAUAUAUUUUUAAUUCAAGUGUAUAGGCAAUAUGAAUACUCAGUUACGCUCUCAGGAUUUCUCUACACGGUUUUAGCGAAGAGCAGCAGCGAAGCUGACCUGGAGCAAAGCUGUGGCUGCUCCGCUCGCUGCGAGCAGGCAGAGAUCCACGCCGAUUCGCAGCAUCGGGUUUUCCUGCCUGCUUCCGAAACACCCUGUUCCUCUUCAGUUUGGUGCCUCAAGCACAGAGAAAAUUGCUCCUUUGUGUGUAUAAAUACAUAUAUAUAUAUAUAUUUUAGUUGCUGCCCUGAAUUGCUUCAGCCCGUAAGGAGUGAUGGUUGGUUUGCAAAGUGCCUGCCCAGCCCCAGGCUGGGGGGUUUGCAAAGGGGCUUCCAGUUCCCGCAAGCGCUGAGCCGGUGCCCGUGCCGCUCGCCUUCCCCGCAGAGGUGGGGGCCGCGGGGAGACCUCCUGAGCCUCCUGCCCGCGAGCGCUGCGGGCUGCCCCGGGCUUCUCCCCGCGUUUCUUCCGGAGCCGGUCCGUAGCGACCUUCCCCAGCGUGUCGGCGCGAGGCUGCACGGCUGUUUUCUGCCGGGACGGGGUUUGGCUGGUGCGGCUGGCGGGGGCUCGGUGGCCAGAAGGCAACCCGUGGCUAAGGCAGGGCGCCGGUGUUUAUUGGGAAACCCGCGUUCGUUGGCCUGUGAGGAGCUUAAAUCGGUGGGUUAUUUUUCAACAGACAGGAGCGUUGGAGGGCCUUUUCCCGUUGAUAGUGGGAGAGGCUGUUUGAAUCCAUCCCUGGAAGCGCGUGGGCUUUGCAUCUCGUCGCCAGAGUUUCCUGCUGACCAGGAGAGCCGUUUGUUAGCAUCCGGGUGGGAAAAGGUUUUUACCCCCAGCAUCCCCUAGUUUGAUAUUUCAGUCACGCUUCACCGAGCGCAGAGGGGGUGCUGCCUUGCAGCUGACCUUUCGGCUCUUUCAGGUUGCUGGCUUUCAGACUUGCCCAUCAGCGCGAGCUCGCGCAGGUUUGUGCAGCUUUCUGUUCCUUGUCAGACACUGGAGUCAGGCUGGUUUGCAGUUGACAGAGUUUCUGAAAUACCGCGCUUUAAGUGGCACGCGAUAACCCGUCUUGCAUAGGGAGGCCUUAAUGGAAGUAUUUGGAUUUGACUGGAGCACGGAGAUCGUGGCACCUGCAGCGGGUGACAUUAGCAUUAAGGCUUACUUAAUGGCCAUACCAUUUAUAAAGAGCAUUCAUCAUCUAAACAUCAUGCUGCUGCUUCCCAGUGUAGGUUUAACUCCAAGCUCAGUGUUACCGUUCCCAGGGGCACAGGUGGGGAAUGCUGCUGGUCAGAGAUGAAUCAGCGCUCGUCUCUAACAAAAAGCUUGUUGGUGUCAGACCCUGCUCGCGGGGUUGCAGAUGGUGAUUUAUUCUUCUGAGACGUGCCGUGCAGAGCGGGCGUGGGGGUUUUCAGGCCUGACACUCGAAGGAAAAUGUCGCUGGAAGGUCAUGAUCGCUUCAGCUAAGAAAGGCAUCCAACAGAAGCUUAUCAGGUUUAAUUUUUCUGAAGCGCGAAGUUUUGUCCCGCAGGUGCUGGGAGGGAAACAAGGGACUGCAGUGUGGGGUGCGUGGAGCAGAGGAGGUCGCUCAGGCUCCAGCAUAGCUCCACGAGCUCCCAGCUGUUUUGCUGAUGCUCUUGACGCUCUCAACAGCAUGCGGACACCUGGGAGGCACGGCAGACAGCAGCUCUGCUCAGAGACUACGCUGGCGUGUGCGGCGCAUCUGCACGGGCUGGAUUUUGGUUUUGCCAUCCCCAGCCAUGAGCUCCUGACGCCUUCUCCCACCAGCUGCCCCGCGUGGGGACCUGUAGUCUCACACUGUGGCCCUGGGACGGGGGUUUAAUUGCGUGACUCUGCCAUACCAUGAAGGUAGGGAAGCUGUUUGGGACAUUAGAGGCUAAAUUGCACGUGUUUGAUCAGAGUGUGGCUCUGAAAGAAGCCGUUUCCCGUCUUUUCUUAGCUUUGCUGUACAACACUUGAAUUUUCUUCCGUUACAGAGGGGCCACCCCGCUGGUGUCAGCUAGUGCAGCCGUUACCGCCCCGGCUGCAGAAGGGCCACGGGUUCAGUCCGUGCUGACUCGCUGUGCACAUCCCUGUCCCGCACAGCCCCGUGGUGUGGCGGGGGGGGGGUCUGCCCAGGUCCCUGCUGGUGGCCAGGCGGGGAGAGGCCAGGGGAGAGGCAGGGACAGCUGGAGUACCCAGCGAUGCAAGGGAAUUGGUCUUCUCUGUACAUGGUUUUGCUCGUUGUUGUGAACACAAAAGCAUUUUCGUUGUUCUUUUUCCUUUUUGAAUCGAACAGACCUCCUCUCCCUGCCCAGCCCGGUGACCCCCUGGGGCUGCAUUUGUCCUGGUCGCACCACCCCAGCAAGGCUGGCACGAGCCCUCCCAAACCCCCGGUAUUCAGAAAAUCUUCCGAUGCUCAACCUCCCUCCAAGUAUCACGGUGUGUUUUGAGGCAACGAUGGUGUCGGGCACUGGGACCGGAGGGUUUAGUCGCAUCUUGGUCAUUUUUCCCAUCCGCUUGCCCACACGUGCUGUUGGAGAGCACCGGGGCGUUCAGACUUUAGAGGUCAACGACUUGAGUAGGUGCUGGGUCCCGUGAUGGCACAGGCGGUGCUGAAUGAGAGCAAAUGUUCCUGUCCUGGCACUGGGUAAUUGGUAUUUCCUGAUAACGACAAGGGAGAAAUGCUUCGUUCAGCCCAAGCCUGAGCAUCGGCUGCUAGCUCCCGAGUGGAGGUGUCUCCCUGCAGCAUUCAGUGAUGGACAAGAAAUCACUUUCUGAUGAGGAUUUCUUUUCUCUCUGUUACUAUGACUGUUGUGGACAUCUCCAGUAAGCAGCUUAAGGCAUCUCACUUACCUGUUCCAGUCCUGCCUGCAAGCGUUGGAUUGGAUUAAACUUACAUUACCUGCUGGAGAGUAAAACCCAGCAAUCCUUUGCCAAAUAGUAUUUACAUUUUAUAGCAUGUGCUGGGGGGUGUUUACAUUGGCCAAGAUGGGCAGAUCUGCCUCCAGAUUUAGAUACCUUCUCCCCACGAGCACGUCUGCCUGUCCGUCUGUCCCUGCCCUGCGUGGGCCAUUGGCGUCAGGGACCGGCAGUAUCCCGCGGGCACCCUGGCAGCACCAAGCCAGUACAGAAACGCUGUGUGCGUCCCCCAGCCAGGCUGCGGCACCUUCCCAGGGCGCCCGGGAGGGAAACGCUCCACUGUGAAUCUUGAGUUACUCUGCUGUCUUCAGCCCCCCCCCAUUUUCCAUCCCUUGGCCUCCUUCUUCAUUUAGUCUUGACGAAGCACAGCUGGGUUGAAGUACCAGCUGUAGUUAGCGCAGGUGAAGAACAGGACUGCGUUGUGCAGCACGGCACGGGCGCUGGAGGCCGAUCAGCAAACCCUCGCUGUAGCAGCAGUAGCGCCUGCAGAAGCUCGGGUGAGCGUGGAGCAAUGCACAGACCCUGUUUAAGCAGGGGCAAUAAAUGAAGUAUGUAUCUAACAAAGUCUCUUAUAAUUUUAGGGUGUGGAUGUGCAGAGAAACAUACCUCUUUGGAACACAGAUAGCCAAGAUGUCCCUUCUUGGUCUCUCUAGACAGCGGCAGCCAUUUCUCCUUCGGGUUGGGAAGAUUAUUUGUAGACCGAAGCCGAGGACUGAAUGUUUCCCUGUAAGUGCGGAUCACGUGCAGGAGCUUUUCCCCGCUCUGUAAUUCCCGCUCGGAGGUUGCCUGUGCCGCUGCCUGCCCCGGGUUUGGCGAGGGCCUGACCGAGAAGGAGCACGAACCCCAGGCAGCUCAGCCCGGCUGAACGCCCGUAAGUUUUGCAGCCGAGGCGCAGGGAGCGGCGCGGGGACGGCAGCCGCCCACCUCUUGCCCCGGCUCAGCACCGCCGCGGGCUGCGUGAGCAGUGGUGCGGUGGCAAAGCAGCCGCUUAAUUCCCUGGGCUCCCUUGGGGUUUUGUGUUCAUCCUUUUUUAGCUUUCUGCAGAAUUUUGUAAAUGAAAUGUGGGUGGGUUUUGGAUCGGAGAUGGACGGAGUUGCCCAGCGAGGAUCUGGCAGGAUUGAAAUGUUGAAUUGUCUCCGACAGUGGAGCGGGAACACUUCGCUCCCCUCUGUCUCCUCUCUGUCCACUGCCUGUACCGCAGGAGAGCUGAUCAGCUGCCGAGUGUCCCUCUCCAGGCAGACCCGGCGAUUUUAGCGGUGUCUUCCCAACCCUAAAAGAUGAUGCCAAGAAAAGGGUUCCUUUUGUCCUUCAUCUGGGGGGGCUGGGUGCUUUUUCCCCUCCGUGUGGCUGUGGCAGAGGCAGCGUCUGCCUUGCACGGCGCAUUUGGAAGGAUGCCGUCAGAGGCUGGCUGUAGUUUGGGGUCGCGCUGUGCCCCCCCCCCCGCGGCUUUCUGCUGCUAUCUCAGCGUCUUGAGGGUUUGAAACCAGCUUUCUGCAAGUACAGUAAUAAACUUUUUCCCAGAGGAUUCCUACCAGCUCUUUUGUAACUUGAAAAACAGUUUCCCAGGUACCAGAUUCCCCGGCCCUUGUGGGAGUGCGGCUGGAAGCACCCCGCUCGCCGGGACGGCUGCCAUGAGCAUUGAUGCUCCUUCGGGACCCAAAAGAGGAGUUCAGCCCCGUUUGCCACUGAAGCACGCUCAGGCGGCGUCCUGCUCCGUUUCAUGGUCGGUGGGAAGAGUGAAAGAGCAGUUGCCGUGCGGGAAGCCGAAGGAAGGGGCGAGGGGGUUGUACGCAGAGGGCGAAGGAGACAAAAACCCACAGCCUCUUCUUGUAGUUGUUUCUUGUAAUUAUUUUUAAGGCCAGCCUUGUGAAUUUUUUGGAUUUUUGAGGUCGCCGAAAUUACCUAAAGAGCUGGCUCUGCUGUUACAACUGCGGGAACUGCAAACCUCCCUACGGCAGCUGUGCCUCUGGGCAAGACCGGCCUGUGCAGGGUGCAGGCCCCUUCCCACCGCGGCUCAGUGCUGCGGCACGGGGCGUUCAGGGCUCUCCCUCCGGCCACACCGUUCAGCUGCAGCCGUACGCGGAGGCAGCCUAUUUAACUAGGCUCCUUCUUGAAGAAAUGGCUGAAGUUUGAAUGUCUCCUUCCUGGGAGCAAACCUCCGCGGUUUCCCUGGCGGUGUCUGCGUGGUGCGGGUGAGCCGGGGCUGAGGCCAGCCCUGCUCGGGCACCGGGGCGACCGUGCCGGGGUGGGAGGUUAGCUGCGAGAGGGACGGCUCUGCAGUCGGAGCAGCCAGGUUUUCCUUUGAACGCUAGGAAGGGAUGCAGUCUGCUUUGGCUCGAUGACCUCGUCCUCAUUUUAGUUUCAUUAUAGAAUUAAAAAAUGAAUCGUGCCCUCGCUCUCCUCCCAGACCCUGCCUGCCGUCUCCGUUCUUCCUUCCUCCAGGUUUUUACUUGCCCCGCAUUUGUGAACGGCUCCGAUAGCGUGGGGGAACGGGGAGCACAUCGGCUGGUGCGCUGGUAGAGCUCCCCGCAGGGACUGGAAGGGUUCCGUCCGGGCGUUUCUGGGUGUGCUGGAGCCAGCGCUGCCCUCGCCUCUCACCCGAAAACCUCACUGCUACGGCUGCUACCGACAGUCAUGCUAAUGCGAUGGCCACUGAUAGCAGGGGUCUGAGGGUGACAUCCGAGCGCCGCCGGUGCCCGGGUCAGGGCCCUGGCGAUGCAGGGGGUGGUGGCACUCGCCUGUCCAGGGCUGCGCUCAGCGUCACAGCUGGCACGGUCCUGUCCCCUGUCCCCGCUCUGUGGCUGGGUCACCCCUCCCGGCGUCCCUCCCCUGUGCGUGGGCUCCAGGCUCAGAUCGGGGGUUCCUGAGACACCGAGUUGAGGAGUGAGCUAGUGUUUUUAGCAGCGCAGGGAGCAGCGCAUCCUCCUCCUCCUCUGUGCCGCCUCUGCAGCAGGGGAGAAAGGCCGCCGGGCAGUGACUCCCAGCAGGAUCCGGCUUUGGAUGCUCCGAUUCAGCCUGUGAAAGAGUCUCUCCCCCUGCCUCCCUCCCUCCCUUAGCUCCCCAGGUAGCCUGCUCUCCCUGUUUUCACUAAAAUUCGGGAGUGUGAUGACCUCAGUUUGGUGAAUGCACUCACCCAUUCCCACCACCAGCCGUGCCAGCAGGUCCUGGUGCUGCUGGGGUUUGGGGUCUCCUCGGUGCCGCAGCACCCAGGGAACCCGCUCCGGAUCCUCAGCAUCCCCCCUGCAAACGUGUCCGGCUGCAGCCCCGCAGCAUGGCGCUGCCUUGCAUCGGAUGUCUCCUGCUCUUUGGGCACCGUAAGGCGCCCAGGAGGGUUAAUUUGGAGGGAGCGUUGCAUGGAGGGAGCCUCAUCAUCCUCAUCAGCACUUGGGGACGGAUUUUUAGUUUGGCUCCUCUGGGGUAAAACGCAGCGAGCUGUUGCCCUGCGGGGUCACGGUGCAGGUUGCCGCCGCGGCCAUAGCGCAUCGCCACUUUACUAGCGUCCCAACUGGCUUGAACGAGACUAAGCGUUUCUCUCGUUCUCCCCUUCUCUUGGACUGAAGAAGGAGCCCAGCUUUUCCCCGGCACCCAGCAUGGCUGUAGCAUUGACCCGAAUUUCUAGAACUGCCAAGGGAGCAGGGAGGCUCCUGGUGCAGCAUCUGCCCGGCUCGGACCAGGGUCUGCCCCGCUGCUCCCGUCUGCCUCGAACAGCCAUGCUGGGCAGCCCAGGGAGGAACCACAUUGUCAGGACCUUCUUAAAAAAAAAAAAAAAGUUAGUUGUGUAUCGGUUUCUGUGUAAGUGAAAGACCACCUCCGGCCUCAGACACCCACCAAACUGGCUGAAGUCGGGCUGGGGGCGCGAGCAGCCCUGGGCACCCCGACCUCCGUGCUCACCUCUGAGAAACCCACGGGAACCUUUCCUUUGGGGGGGAGAGAAAAAAAAAAAACAAACCCACUUUUUUUUUUUUUUUUUUUUUUUCCCCUUUAAUUACCAGACUAAAGCAAACCGACUUGGGGGUCCACCCUGCUCCAGGCUGCGGCCGUCGUGCCGGCCGUGCGGGCAGCAGCUCGUGAGAGCUCAGGGCACGAGGCGCAGGGGAGCCCGACGGCGUCAGUGGCCUCGUGCCGGCCCCUGAACGAGGGGAGCGUUACGCCAUGGGGCGGGGGGAGUGGGGGCAGCAGCUGAGGAUCGUGCGCCGGGCACAAAGUGUGGAGCUGAGAAGUGGAUGCUUUGCUUUCCCAGCGAGUGCACACGCUUCUUUUCUUUGCUGGUCUUAUGCUGAAAAGCUGAGAUUUAUGUACUGUAUGGAAAAAAAAAAAACAAACCCACACAGAAAAAAAAGAAAAAAAAUCCUAAUGUUCCAAAAUAAAUGACAGUAUAUUUUGUACUUUGUAAAGUGUUAAUUAAAAUGAAAAAGAAUAAAAAGUGAAACAUACGCUGUCUGCUUUUGUACUGAUCAAACUGAUGAAAAUAAAGCAGAGCUUGGCAUUGUC